AUCAUCCUUAGCUAUCUGCUUGUGGUGAUAGGGUGAAGAGAGACUACUGGGAUUUCUUAAUGCUGCUUUAAUUUAGACAGACACAAAUGGCUUAUGCUGCUGUAACUUCGCUUAAAGGAACACUCCAUCUACAUUUCUUGCAAUCACAACUACGCUUGCCUCUUCAAGACAAUCAAGAAAUAGUUAAUUCUCUCCAUGAAAAUCUUGGUUUCUUCCAAGAAAUUCUUGAGAAAUCUGAGACCGCCUAUAAUAAUUUGGCGAUGAAAGAUUUAGAGGCAGAGAUGAGAGAUGUAGCUUUCAAAGCUGAAGAAAGAAUUGAGAUGGAAUUGAGUAGCAUAUAUCUUCAAUCAAGCAGUAUAGAUGCUUGCCUCCUCAGGCUUCAUGGAAUCUUCAAGCAAGCAGUAAAACAGACUGAUUACCUGAAGAAGAAGUUGAUUAAGAUUACAAGUAAACACCAGUUUGCAAAGGGUCCAUCAAUCACGGGUAUUUCACUUUUUGGUCGGAUGCGACGACAAAGAGCACUACUCCUUGGUUCAACAUCAUCCCAGCCUGCUGAUCCAGAACGAGAGAAUAUUACAGUGAGUAAAUUUUCCAAAAGCGUUUCAAAGUUUGAGAGUAAAAUGGUUGGAUGCGACAAGGAAUUCAAGAUAAUAUUGGACAAGCUCGCGCAACAAACAGCUGAGCAGCUCCAAGUUGUAUCAAUCGUUGGCAUGGGAGGAAUAGGCAAGACCACUUUAGCUGAGAAAGUCUACAAGGAUCCAUCAAUUACUUCUCAUUUUUACAAGCAAGCAUGGGUUACUAUAUCCCAAGAGUAUACCGUUGGGCAGAUGCUCAAAUGCCUUAUUGGUUGUGUUAGUGCAUCAAGUGAUGAAGAAAGCAGCAAUGACCCAGGCCAAUUAGCAGAAAUGCUACGUAAACUCUUGAAGGAUCAGAGAUACUUGAUAGUGAUAGAUGAUAUAUGGAGCAAAAAAGCUUGGGAAAGUGUGCAAAGAUGCUUUCCAAAUGAUAAUAAUGGAAGCCGUAUACUACUGACUUCUCGUCUCAGAGAGGUGGCUGAAUAUGCUGCUAGUUCAGGUAACUCUAUCAUUAACAUGCCUUUCUUAGAUGCCAAUGAAAGUUGGAAUCUCUACUGCAGUGUGUUCGGUAAAACGGAAUUUCUUUUGGUGUUUGAGCAAAUUGGUAGAGACAUAGUGAAGAAAUGUAAAGGAUUACCUCUAGCUAUUACUUUAGUGGCUAGUCUUCUCUCCAAGACAGAGGAGAAGGUGGAAAAGUGGAAGAAUGUUGCAGACAGUGUAAUUGGUGAUUCUAAUGAAGCAUGUUCAAGUGUACUAUCUUUGAGUUACAACCAAUUACCACACCCCUCUAAAGCUUGCUUUCUAUAUUUUGGAGUUUUUCCAGAAGAUUAUGAAAUCCCGGUAAAGAAGUUAGUUAAGUUGUGGGUAGCCGAGGGAUUUUUCGAGGCAGUGAACAAUAAGAAUCUGGAGGAAGUGGCCAUGAAAUGCUUGCAAGAUCUUGUUGAUAGAAGUCUUGUUCUAAUUGGUAAAUUGAGCUACAAUGGCAAAUUCAAGACAAUUAGGAUGCAUGAUCUCUUGCGAGACCUGUGCUUGAGAGAAGCUCGACGUGAAAACCUCUUGAAUGUCAUAGGACUCGUAAAACUCCCAUUUUUCAAGAGGAAAUUACAUCACUUGUUUUCAAAAGCUUGUCCUUGGAUAAGUAUUAGACCAGGAUGUUUCAAUAUUCAAAUUAGAUCUAUGGGCUUUGACAAAUUCCAUUCCUUACACUCUGUUGAUCAUGUUGAUUUCAGCAUUAAGGUGCUUUGUCACUUUAAACUAUUAAGAGUAGUAGACAUGAAACUUGGAUUUUGGAACUUUGAAGAUAAGAUGCUAUAUAUGGCAAAUCUUGUUCACUUGAGAUACUUAGCUUUGUCCAUAAAUGAAAAAGCUGGCCCUCUUAAAGUAAAGCUCUUUGAGCAUUUGAAUAUGCAAAGUUUUAUUGUUCGUGGAUGUAGUGUUAUAUUGGAUUCCUCCGAGCGAAUUUGGAAAAUGCCACUGUUAAGGAAUUUUUAUGCGGACAUAAUUCCUUUUACAUUAGAGGCUUCGGAAGUUGUUCAUAGAAACAUCGAGACUAUAUCUUGGUUGCGUCCGAAUUGCUGUACAGAUGAUCUCUUUACAAGGAUUCCAAAUUUAAAAAAGUUGGGAGUUCAAGGUGAAAGGCGUUUUGACAAUGAAACAUCAAUUGAUUUCUAUAAUUUUGUGCACUUGGGGAAGCUUGAGAAACUAAGCAUCAAAGACUGGCAUCUCAAACUUCCAUAUAGGGGCAUCCAAUGGGCAACUAGUUUUCUACCAAAUCUUAAGAAGCUCGAAUUCUUCUGGACCUAUUUGGCAUGGAGUGAUAUGGAGCUUAUUGGUAUGUUGUCAAAUCUAGAAGUUCUAAAAUUGAUAGAUGCUUGUGAAGGAAAAAAGUGGGAGACAUCGGAGGGAGGGUUCCGGCAAUUGAAAAGGUUGGUAAUUAAAAGCAGGAAUUUGGAAGAUUGGAAUGCUGUGGGUGAUCAUUUUCCUGUGCUUCAACAUUUAGAGUUAAGUUUGUGCAGAAUUUUGCAAGAGAUCCCUAUUGCGUUUGCCGAUAUUACCACACUUGAAUUGAUUCAAUUAAAUGACUGCUUGGAUUCCGUUUUGACUUCUGCAAAGCUUCUUCAAGAUGAGCAGCGAAGCUAUGGAAAUGAAGCCCUCCUUGUUCGUUCUAAAUAUAUUCGGACAACUAUAAAGAUUGAGAGGCGAUGAAAAGUUAAGAGGCACAAAGCUAAGCAGAGAUGAUGAUGAUGGAUGUUGGCAUAGCAUAGCAUAGCAGGAGCUGUACAAUAUGAAUCUGCCUGCCACUGGUUUUUGUACUGCAUAUACUGGUUGUAGGUUU